AUGGAUGAGUUUCUUCGCCGACUCGGUCCAGGAGGACGCAGAGAUUGGCUGGGAGGUAAGAAACUAUGGCAGAAAGGGCUUAACUAUUCAUUUGCCAACAGCGAUUCAGGUAACUCCAAGGCCGAGGGAACUUCCAACACCAAAUCUUCACAGGACAUGGACAAUAUUCGAAAAGUUGGGCGUCUUAUGGAACGUGUUGAGGCUUUGGAGGCUGAGAACCGGGCUUUGAAGAAGAAGAACUCUGAGUUGGAGGACAAGCAGGCGAAGGUGGUGAAGCUGCUUACAGAUGAUUGAGAACAACUCACAACUCAACCAAGUAGUUGACAUGCUUCUGGGCUGCAUUAUCUGGAGUUUGCUGGCAAGAUGCAUGCCGCUGAUGGUAUGCUGGCAUGAGCGGUUUACAAGAUGUAGACCAAGGAAGAUCAAUAUCGUUUCAUCUCAUCGUAGAGAUGGCCAAUCAUUCAAGUUUGAGUGGUUUUUCGAAUGACGAACGAGGUUGCAUCGCAUCCAACCAUUCCCCUCUAAACAUUCGGCUGUGUGACGACCCUUUCAUUGGGAAAAUGACGUAUUUUGAGACCGGCAAGUUGACGCUGCGAAUAACGAUAUCAGGUCUUUUCGUGAUUUGCCAUAUUGCAAUCUCAAGAUGAUGAGAAUACAAUUGUGAUAACAAACUUCUAAAUCGCGAGAUAACAACUCGUUAAUGCAUUCACGUGCG